CCUAAUUAAAGAUAUUGUUGAAAUUUUAGAAAUGUUAGAAUUCAGGGUGAGUCACCAUUAUUGCGUCCCAAAAAUAUAUUCAAAUUUAUCCAAAUGUAUUUAUUUCUACCUAAUUUCUUUUGCGCCCUUGACUCAUAAGUAAUAGACAAGAUAAUAUUUAAAGGUUUUAACCAAAAUAAGAACUUUGAGGACUCUAGAAAUGUCAGGAUACACGGCCAAGUGGGAAGUGCCUUUAAACGAUGGAAAAACUCAUGUUGUUGAAUUCGAACACGGAACAGCGACUGGGAAACGAGUGGUCAGGGUCAAUGGUGAAACCCUUGUUAAUAGAGAAUGGAUGUUUCGACUUGUUGGAGAUGAAAUUAUACAUCUUGGCAAAAACAAGAUUGUAAUUAGAAUUGAUCCAAUACAUGGAUUGAGAUAUUCUUAUACUUUAUGGGUGAAUGGGAAAAGUUAUGAAAAUUUUAUUCAAACACAAUCAAAACUUUUAAAGUGUUGGACAACAAAUUUACGAGGAGUUCAAUACAGAAUUGUUUUAGAUAAAAAUACACAGGCAAUUUGGAUUAAUGGUACCCAUGAAGAAGACGUUAAGAACGAUUUUGUCGAUGGAGGUGCGGAAAUGGAAUUUUUAAUUGGAGGCUUACCGGCUGUAAUUAGGUCGAAUAACAUUGAAGGAAGAGAAAUAACUUAUAUUCUCUAUAUCGACGAUUUAGAAAUAAAAGAUCAGGAUUUUUCUGAAUAACUAUUAACGUACAACUAAACUAAUAAUUUAACAAAUAUGCAUGAAUUGUAUACAGAUAUUCACUUCUUUGUUUUUGCAUGCCAUUAAUUUGCAACGAGAAUAAUACAACACUAAAUUAAUGUUUUUAAUAUUUGAAAUUUCCGAAAAAUUAAUUUAAAAAUAAAUUGUUUUAAGAGCACCAUUAAAUAUUAAAAAAUGAACUAAAUUCUAGUUAAAAAUUGUGUUGAUUGUUAUUAACAUAUUGCAUAAUGUUUAAAUUUUGUCAGUAUUCAAAAUGGACAAUAUCUUAUGUACAUUGUAUGAAAAAGUGCCUUUUGCUUGUAAAGGAUUCUUAUAGAGCAUUUCUAGUUUAUAAAAUACUCAAUUUUGGUAUUAAUAAUUAUAAUAAAUAAACAUUUUUGG